UUGGGCCAAGGCUAGAGGUUAAGGGCAGAGUACAGCUAGGCCGAGAUCUAGGGGUCAGGGGAGUGACGUCAAGGCUGUGAUUAUGGGCUGGGGCCAGGUUUGUGGAGUUAGGGGAUUCAGUCAAAGGUCAAAGCGAGGCUCCUCCCAUUCCCCCUCUCUUUACUGGGUCAUUCCCACCCCCAUACAAACAGGCUGGCUCCCAGCUUAAAAACAGGACAUAAACAAAAAAAUCCUCUUCCUUUAAUGGUAGAAUUGUCAUGUCACCAUUUUGCAGCCCUUAUUGGAAUAUUGGUGGUUCUAGACAAGGACUCUCAUUCCCUACUAACGUCAUGAGAGGGACAACCGGAUUUAAUGUGCCUCCUGCUAGAAGGCACCCUCAACUGAGAGGUCAUUUGCCAAAAAGCGGAACCUGAAUCCGAUCAGACUUGUCUAGAUUCAUACACCAGGUUACCGGAAAUACCAAGGACAGAAUCGCAUCAUCAAAAUUCAGACAGAGGGAAAGUCCACAAGACAAACAACCAUGUUUCUCCAACAAGUGAAUUUCAAGGAAAGAGAAGAAAAAGAGGGAGAGAUUGAGAGAUUAAGGGGAAACCUGCAGAAAUAAGACACUUAGAGAUUUAUCAACCAGCGGCAAUGCCUGCACCUUAUUGGGAUCCUGAUUGGAACAAACUAAAAAAAAAGGAAAUAGCUACAACCGGGGAAAUUUUGACAUGGGUUGAAUAUUCGACCAUGUUCAGCAAUGUCACCUUCUUCAUCUUUGGGCCUCUCAUGAUGUUUCUGAUGCACCCAUAUGUCCAGAAACGUUCCCGCUACAUUUAUGUCAUCUUCUUCCUCUUCACAGUCGUAGGUCUGUUCUCUGUGUACUUUCACAUGACACUCAGCUUCCUGGGCCAGAUGCUGGAUGAGAUCGCUAUUCUGUGGCUGCUGGCCAGUGGCUACAGCAUAUGGAUGCCCCGCUGCUACUUUCCUGCCUUCCUAGGGGACAACAGGACCAGUAAUAAGGAGCUUCGGCAUCUAAUUGAGGUCACCAUGGUUUUAUGGGCUUUUGCAUUUACUAGCUGGAUCAGUGACCGCUUGCUUUGCAGUUUCUGGCAGUGGAUUAAUUUCUCCUACCUGCAUAGCAUCUGGCAUGUACUCAUCAGCAUCACCUUCCCCUACGGCAUUGUCACCAUGGCCAUGGCGGAUGCCACGUAUGAGAUGCCGGACAAAACUCUCAAAGUCUGCUACUGGCCUCGGGACACUUGGCCCAUGGGGCUGCCCUACGUGGAGAUGAGUGAUGACAACAAGAGCUGCUGAGGUCCGCCCGCUUCUUGGCCCCCCAGCCACCUGCGUCUUGAAGACAGAAACCUGAAUGGGGAGACUGAGAGACGCCCGCAGUUCCACCCCCCAGCUCCAUUUCCCCAUCCUCCUGGCCCUCCGUGGCCCCAUCCCGAGGCAGGGGAUGGACUUCACAGCCUCUCUGUGCUGUAGUCUGAUGACCCCGGGCAGCUGCCUGGCAGAGCUCCCCUCCACAACCUGCCCCCGUUCUCUUUCACUUCCUCUUCCGGGUUCACUGUCGUCACAGGGCCAGGCCGGAUGACCUGGUGCUGUGAUUCUGUGGCAGCCACUGGGAAUGACCUCAGGCUGGGGCUUGGUCCCCGGGCACCUUAUAAAGAGUGGCGGUCCCU